AACAAACUUUAGACUGAAAUUAAGCUGACAAUAACUACAAUGAAAGAAGAGGACUACUCGGGAAAUACAGAAAAGGGUAUAGAAGCUGGAAAAAUCACUGCUAAAGGGUUGUCCAGCUUCAUCCUAGAAGAAUUUAAGUCGUUUACAAAAACAACAAAAAAAAUUAACAAACAUAAAAUUAAGAAACACCAUAGAAGAAAAAGUCCUGCCUUUACGAAUAUGUCCAAGUCUGAGGACGUAUUUCAGAACCCAUUCCAGAUCUGCAAGUGUUACAUGCCACGUGACAACAACAUAAAUCGUAUUGAAGAAGCGGAUUUAUUUACCUUGAUAACUGCCAUUUACAACUUCGUGCACUUCAAGAAUAGGCUGUCUGAUUUUGAACCUCUAUACAUUGAGGCUAGACGGCACACAAAAUUUAUUCAGGAUCUCGCAAAAGGAAAAAUAUUGUUGACAGGGAGGCAGCUGUUGUAUUAUGUUGACCUACUUAUUACGCUUUUAGUCAAAGUAGAAGCUGUAAAUAAAGACACAUCGGUUUCAGAAGAUAGAAAAGUAUCCAUAAAAACUUCAAUUUCAGACGCUAGGAAAGAUCUGGAGAAGAUGAAAAUUUCAAUAGAACAUCCGCCAUACAAACGCUACACAUUUCCCAUUGAAGACAAGCGUGAUACGACUGCUGUGGAGAAAAAAGAAGAACGAAGUUUCAGAAGUAGGAAAACCUUAGCACUUGCUUUACUCAUAGCAAAGGAGGAUCUACAAGAUUUUGUUACACAUGUGUUUGAAGUGUUUCAUAGAACACUGAAUAAGGACAACAUAAUAGAUGAAGUAAGAAAGAAAUAUAAGAAUGGGAGUCCGAACCUGACAAAUGUAUGUGUAGAAGACCUGUUGAAUGAUCCAUUUAACAUUCUUAAGAUAUUCACUGGAAAAUAUGAAACGUUGCAACAGAUGACCUCAGCUUCUGACAUGGAUUUGGAAACAAUGAUAUCGGCGAUGCUCACCUUCAGAGAUUUUGAUGAGAAAUUUUCUGUGGACCUCAAAGAGUUAAAAAGUCAAAUCCUAUCCACGGAUAGGGUUCCAGACGUGCAAUCCGUAAUAUGGAAGCUGAGUAAGCUUUUAUCUGACUCAAAGUAUCAACGCAACGAUAAAAAGGCAAUAAAUGCAGUGAAAAGACUACGAGAGGUAAUGUUCUUUAAACGUAUAUCAAAACAGAGCCUUAACAGAGCAAUUAAGUAA